CCCCAUCCCGCGUUCUUUCUUCUCUCCGCCUCGUCCUUCUUUCUUCUUCUUCUUCUUCUUUUUAUUUGGAUCGCUGAUCCCAACAAUCAUGCUCUGAAAGUUUUCCCGUUCCUCCUUGCCUUCAUCUGAAUGGUUGGUCGGGCUUCUUACGUUGGUUCCAUUGGCUUUUCACGUAUGAGCUGGUUUGUCAAGCUAGGCCAGUUAUCGAAAUCGAACCACUUCGUUACGUGCCUCUUGAUUUUUAUACUUCAUUAUUCCCCUCAAUCCAGUCGUAGUCUGUUCGAUUCCGAGAUACCCAACAAGCCUAAAUCGUAGGCUGUGGGCUUCUCUCUUGCGGCAAUGGAGAUGAAGAAUCAGCAUCGCUCUGAUUUCGGGAUGGGUCAAAGCUCGUUAUGCAUUGAGAGGCAGCAUAUUUUCCCACCAUCAGUGAUUGUGAUUGGGGGUGGGAUCUCUGGCGUUGCAGCAGCUCGCGCCCUUCAUAACGCAUCAUUUAAGGUUGUGCUGUUAGAAUCACGAGACAGACUCGGCGGACGCAUAUUUACGGACUACUCUUUUGGAUUCCCCGUGGACAUGGGAGCAUCUUGGUUACAUGGCGUCUGCAACGAAAAUCCGUUGGCUCCACUAAUUAGAAGGCUUGGUCUCACUCUUUACCGGACUAGUGGUGACAACUCGGUGAUUUACGACCAUGACCUACAGAGCUGUGCGCUCUUUGAUGUGGAUGGUUGUCAAGUCCCUGAGGAAAUAGUUGUAGGAGUUGGGGAACUACUUGAGAGAAUUCUUAAAGAGACAGAGAAAGUCAGAAGUGAAAACAUAGAAGACAUGUCUGUCCUCCAGGCUGUCUCAAUUGUGCUGGACAGGAAUCCAGAAUUGAGACCAAAAGGGCUUGCACACAAAGUACUUCAAUGGUAUCUUUGCAGAAUGGAAGCAUGGUUUGCUGCUGACAUGGACACCAUAUCACUGAAAUGUUGGGAUCAGGAACAUGUUCUCUCCGGUGGCCAUGGGCUUAUGGUGCAAGGAUAUGAUCCAGUCAUAAAAGCUCUUGCUGAUGGACUUGAUGUACGCCUGAAUCACAGGGUCACAAAAAUUGUCCACGAACCUGACAGAGUUGUGGUCACAGUGGAUGGCUGUAAAAAAUUCUCAGCAGAUGCGGCUGUAAUUACUGUACCUAUAGGGGUGUUGAAAGCAAACCUAAUAGAGUUUGAGCCCCCAUUACCUGAAUGGAAAGGGACUGCGAUCCGUGAUAUAGGCGUGGGUGAUGAGAACAAAAUUGCAUUGCUCUUUGACAAUGUUUUCUGGCCAAAUGUGGAAUUUCUAGGCCUGGUUGCGGGCACUUCAUAUGAUUGCAGCUAUUUCCUCAAUCUCCACAAAGCAACGGGCCAUCCAGUUCUUGUUUGCAUGAUGGCUGGGAGAUGUGCCAUCGAUCUAGAGAAGUUGUCAGAUGAGGAAGCAGUCAACUUUGCGAUGGAGCAGCUCAAGAAAAUGAUGCCAGCAGCAGCAAGUCCGGUGAAGUACUUGGUCUCACGCUGGGGAAGUGACAUCAAUUCGCUUGGUUGUUACUGCUUCGAUCUGAUUGGGAAGCCUGUUGACCUGAGCGAGAAGAUCCAGAGGCCUGUCGACAACCUCUUCUUUGCGGGGGAAGCAGCAAGCGUCGACCACUCAGGUUCAGUUCAUGGGGCAUUCACCACAGGGAUAUUGGCUGCGCAAGCUUGUCGACGGAGAAUCUUUGAGCGCUAUAGUAUGUUCAACCUUCUGCAUCCGACGGUCGGUGGGGCAGCUGAUGAAGUAUCAAUUCCGCUUCAAAUAUCAAGGAUGUGAAGUUUGUUCCAUAUGAUGAAAACUCCAUCAUAUGGGGAACGCUAUUAUCUGCGGUGGAUGGACAGGCAUUGUCAUUCGCCCAAACAUCGUUCAUUGUUCAACUAUACUGUAGUUUUGAUUCUUUACUUUUGAGAAAGUUAAACUCUUUACUGA